AACGUGUAACAAGUCAGUCUUUCGAAGGACUUUGGUCUCAACAGUUGAUCGUGGUAUCACCCUCUAUAGUCUUCUUCCUAAAGAAAAUGGUCGAACUAUAUUCUCUAUCAGUUACAUUUGCUAACAUUUCAACAAUUGUGCUGUGUAUUGUGUUAAAAAUCCCGCAAAUAAUAAGUCUCGUGAGCAGCAAAAACACUACGGGGCUCAGUCUACCGGGCACACUACUUGAAUUGACAUCGUUUACUAUUGGGCUGUGCUACAGUGUUUCCAGCGGUUACGCACUUUCGUCAUACUUGGAGUAUCCCUUUCUCGUUGGGCAAGACCUUCUUCUUUUGGCUCUUGUACUUCAUUACAGCAAACAACUAAGUCCGACUUGGUUUGCCCUACUUGGUGCCUAUGCGGCCGUCGUCUACGCUUUGACGACAGGCAUGUUUCCAAAAGGGCUGUUAAUUACAUUAAUGAGCCUUUGCACUCCAAUAUCGGCUGCCAGCAAACUGGCUCAACUUCGAACGAUGCACGUCACCCAAAACUCAAAAUCUGUCAGUGUGUUGACUUGGUCUAUCGCAGUGUAUACUUGCAUUACGCGGAUCUUUACGACUUUGGAUCGGGGUUUUGAUGCCCCACUGUUAGCCAACUAUUCCGUCAGUUUGAUCCUUAAUUUGGCCAUUAUCUCUUUGGCUUUGAAACUGAGAAGACCGUGUAAGCAGGAAAAGAAAACACAAUGAAAUAAAACAGAGCACAAUGUUUGGGGCAUUAGUGGUUGAGGACAAUUGCGUGUCAGUCAAUGGAAAGUUAAACUCAUUGCGUGUUGCUACCACACUAUGCGGGCGCGUGUUUAUUUUUACGUUUCCUUUCUUCUUGAUUUCCAAGCGGGUACAGUUUAAACGAAUCCACACAAAACUUUUGUUCAAGACUGUUGUCAUGCUUCCUCCUUCACACCUUGCACGCCAUCGUCAGAUGUGUUUUCCGAAUGCAAUUCUCUACAACUUGUUCCGUACUGCCGCCGUCUGCUCACCUCCUUCUGAUGAUUGAUGCAAACGAACGUGAUUAAACGGUGCCUUGU